AUGCGGCGGGGCCUGACACAGCCGGGCCACUCCGCUCCCUGCGUGGCCGCUCUGUGGCUGCUGUUUGUCUCCACAUCAGCCGAACUGCCCAUGUGCAAAGAGUCAGAUUAUCACUUUGAGUACACAGAGUGUGACGUACUCAGGUCAAGAUGGAGGGUGGCAGUUCCCAACAAAGCGGACACGUGCACGGGCCUCCCAGAUCCAGUCAAAGGCACGGACUGCACCUUCACCUGUAAUGAGGGGGAGUUCCUGGACAUGCAGUCGCAGCAGUGUCAGAAAUGUGCUGCAGGGACCUACUCUCUGGGCACCGGCGUGUCCUUUGAAGAGUGGGACAGCUUGCCAGUGGGUUUUGUCACGAAUAAUGAAGGGGAUACUUUUACAGACUGCUCCAACUCCACCUGGAUGCCAAAGGGUGACUACAUAGCUUCAAACACAGACGAGUGCACUGCUACGCUGUCUUACGCCGUGAGCCUGAAAAAAACGGGGACUCUGUCGUUCGAAUACUUCUACCCGGACGGCAGCAUCUACUUUGAGUUCUUUGUCCAGAACGACAAGUGCCAAUCCACAGACUCUGAGAGCAGGCUGAUGAAGAUCUCAGAGAGCAACUGGAGCCAGUACCAGACUGAGCUGAGGAAUGGCAACAACGUGCUGUUCUGGAGAACCACAGCGUAUGCUCUGCAGAAGACUGCUGUCAAACCUGUGCUGUUGAGAAACAUCCAGGUCUCAGGGGUGGCCUACACAUCUGAGUGUUUCCACUGCAAACCUGGCACCCACAGUGUAAAAGCAGGAUCUGCACGCUGCACUCCCUGCCCCGCUGAUACCUUCUCCAACAAGGGCGCCACUGUUUGCCAUGAGUGUGAACAAGACAAAUACGCUGAGCCUGGCUCAGGGAGCUGCAAAGACAGACCUGCAUGUACGACGAGUGACUACUUCUACACUCACACCCCCUGUGACUCUGAGGGAAAGACUCAGCUCAUGUACAAGUGGAUAGAGCCCAAGAUCUGCAGUGAGAGCGCAGAGGGGGCAGUGAAUCUUCCAGCAUCGGGGGAGGGAAAAACCUGCCCGCCAUGUAACCCGGGCUUCUUUUCCACCAACUCCACCUGUGAACCGUGCAGCCAAGGCUCCUACUCCAAUGGAACAGUUUGCACUGAGUGCCCCGUUGGCACAGAGCCAGUGAUGGGCUUUGAGUACAAAUGGUGGAAUGCGAUGCCAAGAAACAUGAAGAGCUCCGUCUUCCGUUUAGAGGUCAGCGACUCGCAACACAGCACAGCAUGGGAAGUAGCUGGUGACUAUGUCUACACCACCCCGGGAGAUCAGGACACUGACUACCUGAUGCUUACACUCACUGUCCCAGGAUACAGGAUGUCUCAAUCCAUGACCAAAGACAGCGAACAAAGUGAACUAUCUCGCAUUACCUUUGUCUUUGAGACUGCCUGUACCGCUGACUGCAAGCUCUACUUCCUGGCGGGUUAUAAUAAAUGGAAUAACAAUGUGGUGGAGCAGUGGAAAGGCAGUAACAGGAAGCAGUCAUACUCCUACCUGAUUCAGAGCAACAGCACCAUCAGCUUCACCUGGACGUUCCAACGGACAGAGGAAUUCAGCACUGAGAGAAGGUACAGUGCUGACUUCGCAAAGAUCUACUCCGUCCACAUCACCAAUGUGAUCGGAGGGGUGGCCUCACAGUGCCGUCGUUGUGCUCUGACGCCUGAUAAGGCCGACCCCACCUGUGUCCCCUGCCCACGGGGGCACUACAUGGUCAAUACGACAGGAGUGUGUGAGAGCUGCCCGCCAAACACCUACAUCAGGACCGGCCAGCCGGUUGGAAAGGAUUCUUGUGUUCAGUGUGGACCAAACACCAGGAGAAACAAUGCUCAGACAGCCUGUCUCAGUGACUGCACGGUGGACCUUCAGGAGCGAGGAGGGGGGGUGUUGCACUACGACUUCACUGCUCUGAGCAAUGUCACCGGCUUCCACAGCAGCCCCCGGUUCACCAACAAAGGCCUGCGGUACUUCCAGCGCUUUAAUUUGGGACUCUGCGGGGGAGAGAGUCGCGUGCCAGCCUCCUGCGUGGAUAAUGUAACAGAGAGGGAGAGAGUGGUCAAAGGUUACAUCUGUCAGUCCACUGCGGUUCCCUCGGACAUCAGGAGUCAGAGCAUUGUGUCUUCCCAGCCUUUCAUCAUUGGUGACUCACUCAUCGGUGUGACCACUAAGACGAGCCUGGGUGGCGUCACCUCCCCAACGUGGUUGUUCUCCUCAACAUCAAGCCUUCCAGAUGUCAUAUUCUACUACAAGUCCAGCGAUACAACUCAGGCUUGUAAACAAGGACGGUCAGCCACCAUCAGACUCAGAUGCAACCCCACAGUUACUGCUAAAGACCAAAUCGCACUCCCAAGUAACUGUUCUGAGGGGACGUGUGAUGGUUGUUCUUUCCAUUUCCUGUGGCAGAGCCAGCAUGCAUGUCCUCUCUGCACAAAGACCCAUUACAGAGAGAUCAUCAGCGCUUGUAUCCAGGGAAUACAGAGAACCACCUAUGUGUGGCAGCAGCCUCUGCAGUGUUAUGGAGGAGAGCCACUACCAACUCAAAAAGUCAGCGCCUGUGUCACUCUGGAUUUCUGGCUCAAGUUUGGUGUUUCCAUAGGAGCGAUCGCUGCUCUACUACUCAUCAGCAUUAGCUGUUAUUUUUGGAAAAAGACACGCAAGCUGCAGUAUAAAUACUCCAGGUUAAUGAUGACGUCCGGGGGUAAAGAGUGUGAGCUGCCCACUGCGGACAGCUGUGCAAUCAUGGAAGGCGAGGAUGCGGAGGAUUACCUUAUGGACCUCACCAAGAAAUCCUUCUUUACCAAAAUGAAGUAUUUUUCACGAGAGAGAACAUCAGACGGAUUUGAUUCGGUCCCACUGAAGUCAUCAUCUUCAAACUACCAACCAGAGGAAGAGGACUCUGAUGAUGCCUGA